AUGUGCUGCAGCAAAGUUGAGACGACGGAGGCACCGCCAAAGGAGGAGACUACCACUGAGGCGCCGCCACAGGAGGAGACUACCGCUGAGGCAGCAGUGGAGCCUGAGGUUCCCGACUUCACGAUCAAGCCGGGGUACAAGUGCGAGCUGCAGACAAAGGCAUGGUGCACCCCGCCGGCAGUGAAUCCCGGCCAGCAGUAUCGCAAGAAUGGAAAGGUGAUGUGCUGCAGCAAAGUUGAGACGACGGAGGCGCCCCGGAACAAGAAUCCGAUGGAUGCCUUUGUCGACGAGAACCCGCUGAAAUCGCAGGGAUUUGGAACGAAGGCCCAAUGGAAUGUCCUCGACGAGGAAGCAGAUUCCCAGGAGGAGGACGAGGAGGAGGAAGAACCGGAAGAGAUGACUCCAACAACCCCGGUGCCCAGGGAUGAGGAGAAGAUGGCCCUGUGCGGAGAAUUUCAGUUCCAGUCGGAAACAUUCAUGCGUCGCGGCAAGCCCGUGAGUGUUUGCCGGAACAAAGACACUGGCCGCUUCGCUAAGGCGCUCUGUUGCAAGUAA